AUGGUGUACGAUGUGGCUAUCAUCGGCGCGGGACCCUGUGGGCUGGCCGUGGCAGCGAGGUUGCGAGAAGCCACUCCCUCUGCGCUCUUCACCGACGACGAGCAUGCCAGGUACUGGCGAAGGUUCAAUCGGCGCGAGACUAUUGAGAACGAACGCAGAUUCCAGCGAAGGGGGGAAACCAACUUGGACCAGCGAAGCCACAAGUCCACCUCUGCCAAAUCGAUCAUUGUGCUGGAUGCGCUCUCCGACGAGUGGAUGGCCGCAUGGCAAGAGAGAUUCCGCAGGUUGAAGAUCGACCAUCUUCGGAGUCCGCUGUUCUUCCACCCCGACCCCAGGGACAGAGACUCCCUUCUGGCCUUCUCGCAUCUUCACGGCCGCACGGACGAGCUGCAGGAAAUCCCCAACGUGGCUGGCAAGGAGAUCAGCAAGCACCGAAUCAAGAAGAAGCGUCAGAAAAGGAUCGCACAGCACCUCCGCAUUGACGACCGAGACCGCAUAGAUUAUUUCACGCCGUCGGCGGCGCUCUUCCGUGACUUUUGCGGCGACAUUGUCGACCGAUACGGGCUUCGGAGCCUGGUCAUACGAGCAAAAGUCGCAAACGUCGAGUACGGCGACUUGGGCGGGUUGACCAGCACCGAAGGAUUUACCUUGACCACCGACCAAGGAGCAAUCUUCUCCCGAAUCGUUGUCCUCGCGAUCGGCCCUGGCAGCAAGCCUUGCAUUCCCCUCGACAGCAAACUUCAGCGGCCAACGGAGCCCGGAAGCGUUUGCCACUGCUUCGAUUCCGUGAGCGAACACUGCCUUCCAGAGCACGUUCUGCGAAAGAUCGAUCAAGGAGCACCAACCUCGGUCGUGGUGGUCGGUGGCGGACUUACGAGCGCUCAAAUUGCUGACCUGAUCCUUUGUUGCGGCGUCACCAAGGUGUGGUUGCUGGUCAGGGGAGACUAUAAGCUCAAGCAUUUUGACGUCGACCUAGAGUGGGUGUCAAAGGUGCGCAACCAACAAAUGUCAGUGUUUUGGUCGGCAGACAGUGAUGAUGAGCGCUUCGAGUUGCUCAAAGAAGCCCGAAACGGAGGUAG